AUGCUGAUUCCUUUUUCCUGGCUUUCACAAUACGUUGACAUUACGCUCGGCCCCGAUGAGUUGGCGCACCGGCUGACCAUGGGCGGCAUCGAGGCGGGUGACGUGUUCACACGGGGCGGCUGGGAAGGUUGCGUGGUUGGGUACGUGCAGGCGACGCGGCCGCAUCCGAACGCCGACAGCCUGACGCUGUGCGAGGUUGACCCGGGGGACGGUCCGACGCUGGAGGUGGUUUGCGGCGCGCCGAACGUGGCAGCCGGGCAGAAGAUCUGCUUUGCCCGACCCGGCGUGACGUUGCUGAACAUGCACACCGGCAGAAGAGAAGAGCUGAAGCCGGCCACCAUACGCGGCGUGGUGUCGGAAGGGAUGAUCUGCUCGGAGGCGGAGCUGGAGAUCAGCGACGAGCACGAAGGGAUCAUCGUGCUUGCGGACGACGCGGUCGUGGGCGCGCCGCUGGACGAAGUGCUGGGCGACACAUUCCUGGAAUUGGAGCUGACACCUAAUCGAGGCGACUGCCUGUCCGUCUUGGGCGUGGCGCGGGAGAUCGGAGCGAUCACCGGGCAGCCGGUCCGGGUUCCAGAGACCGGAUACAAAGAAUCGGACGUUCCGGCUGCGGACCUGGCACGGGUUACGAUAGAAGAUCCGGAACUCUGCCCGCGCUACACAGCCUCGGUCAUCACUGGGAUCAACAUCGGACCCUCGCCACAUUGGUUGCAGGAACGCCUGAAUCGCGCCGGGUUGCGGCCGAUCAACAACGUGGUGGACGUGACCAACUACGUGAUGCUGGAGUUCAACCAACCGCUGCACGCCUUUGACCUGGACACGGUGACUGACCGCCACGUGGUGGUGAGGCGGGCAGCCGACAGCGAGGAAUUCACGACCCUGGACGGGGUGCACCGCAAGCUGACCGCCGACAACCUGCUGAUCGCUGAUCCGGCACGGGCCAUCGGUAUCGGCGGGGUGAUGGGCGGCGAGAACAGCGAGAUCACGGGCAGCACGACCAACAUGCUGCUGGAAGCGGCGACAUUCCACCCGUUGAACAACCGUAGAACCUCCACGGACCUGAACCUGCGAACCGAGGCCAGCCUGCGCUUCGAGAAGGGGCUGCGGCCGGAACUGGCGCCCAUCGCGCUGCGGAGGGCGACGCAGCUGAUCCUGGAAACGGCCGGCGGGCAGGCUGCGGCCGGGAUCAUCGACGUGUUCCCCGGCGGGGACGCCGAGGUUCCUGCGGUUCCCUUGACGGUGGGGCGGAUGCGGCAGGUGCUGGGCAUGGAUCUGGACAUCGCCCGGGCGGAGACGGUGCUGGCAAGCCUCGGUAUCACGACACGGCGCACGGGGCCGGACAGCCUCGAGGCGGACCCGCCGUACUGGCGGGGCGACAUCGCCAUCGAAGAGGACCUGAUCGAGGAAGUGAUCCGGAUCAUCGGGUACGACGAAGUGCCGACCACGAUGCUUGCGUCGCCGAUCCCCUACCACCGGCCCAACCCGAUGACGACGCUGAAGGAUGGACUGCGCGAUGCCCUUGCCGCGGCAGGGAUGCAGGAGACAAUCAGCUACCCGCUGGUCAGCGCGGAGGAUCUGGAUCGGCUGAACUACCACGGCGAAGCGGGCGACGGCAUCGCACUACUGAGGGUGGCGAACCCGAUGUCCGCCGAGCAGGACAUCAUGCGGCCGACGCUGGCGGCCAGCAUACUGAAUACCUUGGCCUAUAACCGAGGACACAACGACGGUGGAUUCCGGCUGUUCGAACUGGGAAGGGCGUUCAUCCCGCAGACCCCGGGGCUGCCCGUUGAGCGGGAGAUUGCGGCGGGAGUGAUGUGCGGGCCGCGUUACGACGCCAACUGGCUGAGCACUGGCGAGCCCCUGGACUUCUUCGACCUUUCGGGAACGUUGGCGGCUGCGCUCAACCGCGUGGGAAUCACGACGUCGCUGGAGGCGCAGGAUCAGCCUACGUUCCACCCGGGGCGUUGCGCCCGAGUGACAGCGGGCUCUGGUCAGGCAGCGGAUGUGGGCGUGAUCGGGGAACUGCAUCCCGACAUCCGCGAGGCGUUCGACCUGGGGCCGGAUCCGGUGGUGUAUUUCGAGGUGCGAUUGGAAGAUCUGCUGAGGGCGGGCCCGGACGGUGGUCGAUUCCAGUCGCUGUCGCGGUUCCCGGCGGCCAAUCGCGACCUGGCGCUGGUGGUUCCGGCGGACGUGCCGGCGGCCAGGGUCCAGAACCUGAUCGAAAGGGUGCGGCUGGUGGAACGGGCCGAAUUGUUCGACGUGUAUGCCGGCGAAAACGUGCCAGAGGGUACGCGUUCGCUGGCCUUCCGCAUCCGGUUCCGAGCCACCGACCGGACACUGACCGCCGAAGACGUGAACCGGGCGAUGAACGGGCUGACCAGAGCGUUGGAACGGGAAGCCGGAGCGAUCGUUCGGGCGUAA